ACUGCCUCCUGCUCGCUCCUGGAUCCACUCGAGCUCCCGCGGUAACAAAGAAGACAACAAGGGGGAUGAUGGGUGCCCACACGAGGGUACUGUCAAAACAGCAAUAGCGUACUGGACUGAUGGCUGUAUUUCGCCGAAAAAGGAGCUUUAGUCUUUAUUUUUCAUGUCUACGUUCACCUUCUCGAGGCUGAAGUUAGAACUUAUCAGGAGCUACAUUUGAUUUUUUCUGUGAUCCGAAUACUGCGUUUUCUCGGAGCUAACGAUGGUGAUCUGCUAAAAUUACAGCACAGAGCAGAUAUUUGGAAAAAUCUGGACAAUAUUGAUGAGAAAUGCCUAAAGUGACUUAACACUCCAGAACUUGACCCCUGUGUGGUCAGUGCAGGAAGUGAAAGCAUCACUAAACUGAAGUAACCAUGUCCAGUGUGGAUACAUACCCCCGACCCCCCUCACCUCGCCCAGAGAUCCCCCCAAAGCCUCUGCCACUGGACUCUCCUCCGCUGGGGGAGAGGGGCAGCACUGCGAGGCGCUCUGGAGGGAUGGUGAAAAGUAUGGUGACGAAAUUCAGCAAACAAGAGCAAGCUUCAAGUGUACCGGGUACCAAAAACAUAAAUGGUAAAGCUGAACCUAUCUACAGACGGAUUUCAAGAGCACCAACCAUAAAGCCAAAACCUGGGCGUCUAAGUUUGCCUCUAAUGCCCCCUCCACUGCCCAUGAAGAGAAACAAAAUCCUCAAAAAACAACAAAGCCUGAGGGGAAAUGAGGUGCUUAGUGCCCCUGUGGAAAGAGACCGAUCAGAGCCGGAUGGUAAAGAGGUGGAGGUGCGAGUGUUUAAAGGGGGAGAUGCUGAUUCAGAGCACAGCCUGGACACUCCCCUCAGUCCCUGCUGUGACCCCUGCUGUACCUGUGUGUGCCACCUGCAGCGCCCUGGCAUGAUGCUCAUGUGGGUCCCUAUAGACUCUGUGAAAGACCACGGGGAAGAGGAGCCAGAGGAAGAGGAUCCAGACAUGGGUGAGGAUGGAGCCGAGGACACAGAGGAGGAAGGAGAGGAGGAGGGACAGGAGGAGGAGGAGGAGGAGGAGGAAGAGGAAGAGGAGGAGGGGGAGGAGGGUCAAGAAGAGGUUCAAGAGUAUGAGACUGACAAUGAAGAAGAAGAAGUGGAUGGGUUUCACGAUGGGCCUGAGGUUUUCAAACAUGACAAAACGACUUUUCAGCACAAUCUGGACAUAGUGCUUGGUGAUGGCCUCAGGAGACGCUCAGACCCAGGACCUCACUCUGUGUUUAGCACUUUGUCAGAACUUCGCUCUGAGUCUCCUCCAAUUCCUCCAAAACGCACACGCUCUCCUUCCAACGUCCAAACAAAUGCUCCGAUUGAAGAGGAGAACAUUUAUGAGGUCAAUCUCCCUGUGGUUGACCCCAGCCGUAAACAGAGCACAUCUGAAGGCAAAGACCUGAACAUCCCUUUGAUCAGAGUCAGAAAACCAGCCGAGCGACGAUCAAAACUGUCCUACAGCACCUCAGAUCCAACGUCAGAGUUUCAGACAGAUUUUGGUCCAAGUGUGGAAGAUAUGCCCCCUGCCAUCCCGCCUCGUAUGCCCAUAUCACCGGAUGCUCAGAGUCUGACGCGGCUGAUGCGGGGAGGCUUCCAGCAGCCCACAGUGGAAGAGGCACAGUCCUUCCUGCUCCCUCCAAGAGGCCCAAGUCAUCAAAGCAUCACCACUCCUCCCAAAAGCCCUCUCGUACCUCACAGACCCCCACCACCACCACCCAAGUCAGAUUCUCGGAGACUGAGCACUGCCUCAGUGCAAUCCCUCCCAGUCACUUUGAGAAAAGAAGAAGAACAAAAUGAGAAGCAUGAGGAAGAAAGUGAGGACACAGCAGAUGUACCGCGUCCAGCAGUUAGAACCCUAUCACUAAGGAAGAAGGGAGCUUCAUUGGAUAGACUACAGGAGUUCAAACAAAAAGAAGAGCCCUUGUACCAGACGUACCGUGACAGUGUGAUCAACAAAGAGAUCAGGCGGCAGACUGUAUGUCCUAACAUCAGUAAAACUAGUACGGACUUCUUUGGGGAAGGAGGUGUCAGUCGGCCUGCUUCGAGUAACAGAUCCAGUCCAGUGCCCAUCACAGCCCAGAGCACCCUGUGGCAGGACCUCCAAGCCGUACGGGACAGUGGUGCUCUGGAGAAACUCAGCCCCGAACAGUGUAAAUACCAAGAGAGUAUGUUUGAGGUCUUGACAUCGGAGACUUCGUAUCUUCGGUCUCUGCGUGUUUUGACUGAACACUUCUUGGAAAACCGGGAGCUCGAGGAAACGAUGGUGAUCAGAGACAAGAAAGUGCUUUUUUCCAACAUACUGAAAAUUCGAGAGGUCAGUGAGAGGUUUCUGAAGGACCUGGAAGAUCGCAUAUUUGAGAAAAUAGUCUUCUCAGAUAUUUGUGACAUCAUUCACUACCAUGCACAGCACAACUUCCCCGCCUAUGUGGACUAUGUUCGCAACCAGAUCUUCCAAGAGAAGACCUACAGCAAUCUAAUAAAGAACAACGCACAGUUUGCAGCAGUUAUUAAUCGUCUGCAGGAGUCCCCUCAUUGCCAGCGUCUUCCUUUUGUGUCCUUUCUAUUGCUUCCCUUUCAGAGGAUCACACGACUCAAAAUGCUCAUUGAGAAUAUCCUUAAACGAACAAAGGAGAAAACUGCAGAGGAGGAGACUGCCUCCAAAGCUUUGGCUUCUGUGUCAAAAAUAAUUGAUGAGUGCAACAGUGAAGUUGGCAAGAUGAAACAAACCGAGGAGCUCAUACAAAUCUCACACACUCUCGAGUUUGAGAAGCUCAAGGCUGUCCCUAUAAUCUCCCCUACACGACGCCUGGAGAAGAAGGGGGAGCUCCAGGAAAUGUCCAAAGGAGCAACUCUCUUCAACAUGAGGGUCAAGUUCAGCCCUGUCUACCUGUUCCUCUUUAAUGAUCUUCUCCUAAUUACCAUAAAAAAGAGUUCAGAGCGCUAUGUAGUCACGGAUUAUGCCCAUCGCUCAUUGGUGCAAGUGCAGGGACUAGAUGAUGUCAGUAGCAACAGUGCCAUCUACGACAACUGCUUCAAUCUCAUUCUACUGGAAAAUCACCAGAAACGCAUGAUGGAACGGCUACUAAAAGCUUCAACACCUUCAGACAUGGAGAGGUGGAUGGCAGCUUUCCCCAGUCCCACAAAACCAGAUGAGGAUGAUAGUGAAGUCAUCUAUGAAGACUGGGAUUGUCCACAAGUGCAGUGUAUAGAGCAGUACAUCGCUCAGCAGGCAGACGAAAUCUCCCUGGAGCCCACUGAGAUUAUUAAUGUUGUCAAAAAAGGCAGUGAAGGCAUGUAUCAAGGAAUUCGCCUCUCCGAUGGUCAGAAAGGCUGGUUCCCUGCAGAAAACGUCAUAGAGAUCACCAAUGAGCACGUGCGGAGACGCAAUCUGCGAGAACGCUACAGAGUCAUGCAAGCAGCAAGCAACUUCACCAACAGCAGGAGUCGAACUGCGAACUAAAUCAAACAACUGAAGCUAAACAAACACGCUUCUACCAGAGCAAUGGUUUCUAUAAGGAACUGAAAAACUGUACCAAAAGACACGAUUGCAAUUUUGGCAUGAAUAAAAUGACGUUUUUAAGAAGGUGAGCAAGGAGCAAAAAAGGUAUUGGAUUGGAGAACAAACUGAAGACUCUUCAACAAUAUAUUUCCUUAUUUUUAUAUUAAUGUUAAUCCCAAACUUGAAGGUGAACUAUGUAACUUUUUUGGUCUGCCACCUGGUUGGAGAUGUGUUAUUCCUUUGCCUGCUGAACUAUACUGAGGAAUAUUUCACAAACAGGUGGUAUCGUGCACCUUUGAAUGAAAAUGUAGCCGUUGCUGAUUUUACCCAUUUUCACAUGAGAGCAAAGAAUGUGAUGAAAAAGAUGCCCAAAGGAAGAGGACACUUAUAUAAAUCUAUUUCGUCAAAACACUAAAAUGCAUGUACAACUCAGGAGCAUACUAGUUUUGUCAGGUAUUGUGGAACAGCUCCCUCUGCAGUUUGUCGUUUUAAUUUGUAAAUGUUGUAAAUAACCAGUUCCAAAGUAGUAGUGUUUUUAAUAAAAAUGCAGU